AUGUCUAAUAAAAGAAAAAUAACCACAUAUUUUACUUGCUCUACCAAGUCUACCAUAAAACACGCGGAUGCGGAUGAAAAAAAUAGUAAGAUCCCUAAGAUAAUUACAGAAAAAGAAGUUGUGGACUUGCCGGCUGUUGAUUUCAAUGUCCAUGAUAUUGGCUGUUAUAUUAACAGUACUUUGACUGAUGCUGAUAGAUAUUUGAUUCUUAAAGAUGUGUGGAUACCACCAGCUACAUAUCCUUUACUCGAUUGUAAUGCCAAGAGAGGUUUAAAGUUCAAGCACCAUUGGCUGAAUGCUCAUAAUUGGCUGGCAUAUUCUGAAAAGUACCAAGGUGCUUUUUGCAAAUUCUGUGUUGUAUUUUCAAAAGUUGGGGGCGUUGGUGGUCAAAAAUUAGGAACCCUGGUAGUGGAGGCUUUUACUAAUUACAAAAAAGCUACAGAAAAACAUGGAAAUUUAGAAUACCAUAAAACAGCUUUGCUUAAAUAUGACAACUUUUUAAAUAUUUAUUCAAAUAAAAGUUCUUCAAUAAUAACUCGUAUUGAUAGUGAAAGAACAAAACAGAUUGAAACAAAUCGAAAGCGUUUAAUCCCAAUUAUUGAAUGCAUUAUGUUAUGUGGCCAACAGGAAAUAGCAUUAAGAGGUCAUAAAGAUUAUGGUCCUAUUUGUUUCAGUAGUGAAUCAAAUGAAAAUGAAGGGAACUUUCGUGCAAUUUUAAAGUAUAAGACUAAAGAUAUAGACUAUAUGAAAUCUUAUUUAGAAACGCAGUCUAAAAACAAAUAUAUUAGUAAUCGAACACAAAAUGAGAUAAUAGAAACAUGUGGAGAUAUUAUUUUAAAGAAAAUUGUUAAAAUUGUUAAUGAAUCAGGUUUCUUUUCCGUGUUGGUCGAUGAGACUACAGAUGUAUCAGUAAAAGAGCAACUCACUUUAUGUGUCAGGUAUUUAAGUGGUUCUGGAGAAAACGUUUGCAUAAAUGAGAGCUUUUUGAAAUUCAUAGAAAUUCAAAGUCUUACAGGAGAAAAUUUGGCUAAAGUUAUUCUCAAUGGUUUAAAUGCUUGUGGAAUUGACUGUAAUAACAUGGUAGGACAAGGGUAUGAUGGUGCGAAUAAUAUGUCGGGACAUCUAAAAGGUGUUCAAACUAUUAUAAGGGAUUCAUACCCUAGAGCAUUAUAUGUGCUUGUGCUGCUCAUAGCGUCAAUUUAG